AUAAAUACUUCAACACCUUCACCUCCAAAGCUUCGCUCGAAAUGAAUCACACUUCCACUGUAUUUCUCUACUGACUUAAAUGGGUCAUUUUUCUCACUCUAGUUCUCUUUUCUGGGCGUUGUUUUCUCUGCUAUUUGGAGCCACCAUGGCGGGCCGGGUCGACCGGGGUUCGAGGUUAUUGGCGGGACAGGAACAAGCGUGGGUUUCGGACAAUGGGACUUUUGCUUUCGGGUUUUCCCCGGUGGAUUCGAGAAAGGAUCAGUUUCACUUGGGGGUAUGGUUUGCGCAACUUCCGGGUGAUCGGACCCUUGUUUGGUCUGCUGAUAUGUGUAUAUAAUUUUAUGGCCAACCAUUCAUUUUGUCUCAAUAAUCUAAAUAGAAAUUCUCCAGUCAGCAAAGAUGCAGUCUUGGAGUUCAACACCAACGGCAACCUCGUCCUCAACGAUGGCGGCGCCACCAUCUGGACAUCAAACACCACUACUUCCGGAGUCGAAACGGCUUUCAUGUCUGAAAACGGCAACUUCAUAUUGUACGGCCCGGAUCAACUGAUAGCAUGGCAGAGCUUCUCUCAUCCCUCGGAUACACUCCUACCAGGACAACCGCUGACAGUUUCUCUAGAGCUCAAGUCUUCCAAGUCCCAAUCAGACGGCGGAUACUACACGCUGAAGAUGUUGCAGCAGCCAACUUCACUCAGCCUUGCCUUAACCUAUAAUCUGCCGGUGGCUGUUGAAACGGAGACAGAGUCUGCUUAUACAAACUUCUCCUAUUGGUCGGGACCCGAGAUAUCGAAUGUAACAGGGGAUGUUCUGGCUGUUUUGGAUGAACGGGGAAGUUUUGGAAUCGUGUAUGGAUCGUCGGCGGAUGGAGCGGUUUACGUGUACAAGAAUGACAACGACAGUGGAGGUUUAUCCUCAGCAAUAAACAGAACUAGCAGUCCAUUAGUUCUGAGGAGAUUGAUUCUUGAGAAUAAUGGGAAUCUCCGUUUGUAUCGAUGGGACAACGAUGUGAAUGGGUCGAGGCAAUGGGUGCCCGAGUGGGCUGCCGUUUCUAAACCAUGUGAUAUUGCUGGAAUCUGUGGCAAUGGAAUAUGUAAUCUUGAUAGAAGCAAGACUAAUGCAUCUUGCACAUGCUUGCCAGGGACUUCCAAAGUGGGAAAUGGUGCUCAGUGUUCAGGGAAUUCAUCUCUGACAGGAAAAUGUGGACCGCAUCAUGAAAAUUUAACGUCCCGGUUCAAGAUUUCGGUGGUUCAGCAAACCAAUUACUAUUUUUCGGAUUCAUCGGUUAUAGCAAAUUAUAGCGAUAUCGAGACGGUGUCUAAGUGUGGCGAUGCCUGCUUGUCAGAUUGUGAGUGUGUUGCUUCUGUUUACGGGCUUAACGAGGAAAAGGCGUAUUGUUGGGUUUUGAGGAGCUUGGAAUUUGGAGCAUAUGAGGAUCCGGGGUCGACCUUAUUCGUGAAGGUCGAGUCUAACGGCUCUUCAACUACAGAGGGUGGGACGAGAAAGGAAGGCGAUUCUUCUGAUGGAUUGGACGGGAAAAAGGGGAAGGUUCUUGUGCUUCCUAUUGUUUUAAGCAUGACUGUCCUAUUAGGCCUCCUCUUUUGCUUAUUAUACAUCAACGUUCAUAGAAAGAAAUCAUUGAAGAAAGCCCUUGAGAAUUCCUUAAUUGUAUCAGGGGCUCCAGUCAGUUUCAGCUACCGUGAUUUACAGUAUAGGACUAGUAACUUCUCGAAUUUACUUGGAACAGGUGGAUUUGGCAGUGUAUACAAGGGAAGCCUGAGCGACGGGACGCUGGUUGCAGUGAAGAAGCUUGACCGAGUUUUGCCCCAUGGGCAGAAGGAAUUCGUUACUGAGGUUAACACUAUUAGCUCUAUGCAUCACAUGAACUUGGUUCGGUUGUGUGGAUACUGCUCAGAGGGUUCACAAAGGCUUCUAGUCUACGAGUUCAUGAAAAACGGGUCGUUGGACAGGUGGAUAUUUCCUUCAUAUACUGGUCGAGAGUCUCCUGACAGGCUGCUGGAUUGGUCUACUCGUUUUCAUGUAGCCGUUGGUACUGCACAAGGGAUUGCAUAUUUCCAUGAGCAAUGCAGGAAUAGGAUAAUACACUGUGACAUCAAGCCGGAAAACAUUCUGUUGGAUGAGAAUUUCUGCCCAAAAGUGUCUGAUUUUGGGCUGGCUAAGUUGAUGGGACGAGAGGCCUCACACGUGGUAACGAUGGUAAGAGGGACGAGAGGCUACUUAGCCCCCGAGUGGGUUAGCAAUCGUCCCAUUACUGUGAAAGCUGAUGUUUAUAGUUAUGGGAUGCUGCUCUUAGAGAUUAUAGGUGGAAGGAGAAAUCUAGAUAUGACUUAUGAUGCUGAAGACUUCUUUUACCCUGGAUGGGCUUUCAAGGAAAUGACAAAUGGAACACCGACAAAAGUUGCAGACAGAAGGCUCGAAGGAGCAGUGGACGAAGAAGAGCUUGUUAGAGCUCUGAAAGUUGCAUUCUGGUGCAUUCAGGAUGAGAUUGGUAUGAGGCCAACGAUGGGCGAGGUCGUGAAGAUGUUGGAAGGAUCAGUGGACAUAAACAUGCCACCAAUGCCACAGACCGUCUUGGAGUUGAUUGAAGAAGGUUUGGAUCAUGUGUACAAGGCAAUGAAGAGAGAGUUCAAUCAGUUCAGUUCCUUCACCAUCACCACUCAUCCAUCCUCUCAUGCAACUUGUAGUUAUUCCACAAUGUCUCCAAGAUAAACAGAUGGAAGAGUAUGUUCGGGAUAAUUACAGCAACAACCUCGGAAGUUUAAACAUAUUCACAUAAACAUACAACUGCAGAAGUUGCAGAGUGAUUUUUUUUAGAUAUAAGAGGUUUUUCUGUAAAAUAUCGGACUUUCUGAGAUGUUUAUGUAAUUAUCCUAAAGAAGUUUUGUGAAGAUCAUUUGAACUUUGAAAAGGUUCAAUAUGAGGCAUUUUUUGCACAAGCUAGAAAGGGAUAUUGAUUUACCUAUGAAAGACAUUGUACUUGAUGAAUUAUAUAGUGCACAUUAAAUUA